UGAAAUUAUUCUAUUUAAAUAAGAUGCGAACUUUGUAUCGGAUAAAUGUUGAUAACUUUGAACAACAAAAUGAACAACAAAUCUAGCAGGUGUAUGUUUGCAUUAUUGUUUAUCACAUUGACUUGCGUUUUGAUUUUGUUUUACACUUCAAGAUUAUACACUGCUUGGGAAUCUAAUGAGACAAAGCUGCUGUAUAGGGAAAUAAAUAGGAAAAGGGAUUCAAUUAUUAAUACGAGGUUGGAACUUUGGAGGGAACAACAAGAAUCUGAUGAUGCCCCAACGCUAAGACUCAUGAAAGACGCCAUGUUGUUUAAACAACUGAUGUCCUACCACGCAGCAAAACUCAUUAAUCCUAAACUCAAAGACCUAGAUUUCUUUCGACGUAUUGCAAACUCUUUGCAAGAUACGAUGGCUAGUCAUAUUGAACAUAUUUAUUCAAACACGUCACAAAAGAAUGUGCGCAAAUUAAAACAUUUGGAUGAAAUAGCGGUAUCUACAAUCCAGGCUACGCAGAAUCCCCCAAAUUGUACGACGGCAAAGAAGUUAUUUUGUGACUUAAAGGAGAGAUGUGGCAAUGGAUGUACAUUACAUCAUUACUCCAUAUGUUUCUUCGCUGCCAUAGGAACAGGACGAAUAAUGUUGUGGGACCUUUCCAACUAUCCAGGCCUGAGCAAAGUGAUUCAAAAUCCCAGCCCGUGUCAGAGCAUGUCUGACAUCAAUGCUGCAAAAAAUGCACCAGAAUGGCGAAGUUCCAAUAUGCCAGAUCCUACACCGACGUCCACACCAGUAGUAAAAUAUACCAAGGGAAAUAAACCAGUUAAGUUUACAAGAUUCGCCCCAUACACUGUGCCCAGCCAUCUGCUAGAAGAUAUUAAACUCGUUCAUGCGGAACCUGAUCUUUGGUGGAUGGGUCACGUGAUGAGCUAUUUGGUGCGACCAAAUGAUUGGUUGUUGAAAGAAAUCGAGAAAACAAAGACGGAGAUUGGUUUUCAACAUCCUGUGGUCGGAAUUCAAGUGAGAAGAACUGAUAAAAUACGAGAAGCUCCUUACCAGUCUGUUGACACUUACAUGGACUAUGUCUCUAGUUGGUACGACAGAUAUGAUAUGGAACAUGACAAUGUAAAACGAAGGGUGUUUGUUGCAUCUGACGAACCAAGCGUUUUUACUGAAGCAAAAUCAAAGUACCCAGAUUACAUCUUUCUUCAUUUGCCCACAAAUGAAGCAAAGAUUUCAAAUGAUGGCACCACAAACUUUUUUAUGGACGUCUUCCUAUUAAGAGAAUGUGAUUAUAUUGCUGUAACCUUCUCAUCAAACGUUGGUCGGCUUGUUCACGAAUUACGUCAGACCUCUGGUAAAGACGCAACAUUUGGGACCGCUAACCUUGAUUUUUCAUUCUAUGCUAAUGGUAUGUGGCCGUUAGUAUAUGAGGCUGUGCUUGCUCACCAUCCACCGGAACCCUGUGAGUUGCCAGGUGAUAUGGAUUGGGAAAAACAAAAAGACUAUGAGGGUAUAUGUGAAAUGACAUUUGAAGUUGGCGACAAAAUUGAAAGUGUUCCACUUCUUACACGGGGCAUUUUAAUUGGAGGCAAGAACGUUGGGACUGGAAAAGCAGGGAUGUUUCCUGCAAAUAAAGCAAAGCCUAUACUGGAAUCCGCACCUUAUAAUGUUGUUUAGAAAACACAGAUUGCCUUAUAACGACUACGUGACCGAAAACCACUUUGUUGGUUACUUCUAUUUUAAUUAUAUUAAUCCAGCUUAGUCCCCGUAGUAGUAAAAUUAAAGGUGUGCUAAUUAUAAUUGCACGUCCGGCGCCAUAGCAUAGUUGGUUAGCGCGCUUGCCUCGAACCCAGAGAUAAUUGAUUCAAGGCCCGUCGUUGCUACCAUUAUGUGCGUAGGUGUCUUUGGAACACUUAACAGCAAUUGCUCUAACCCAGUGGUUAGUAACGGGUUGUCCAAAGUAUCAGAAACGUAAAAAAUAAAAGAAUCCACAAAAAUAUAAUU